GAAUUUUGGCAAGAAUUUGAAAUUGAGAAGGUGGAUCAUAGGCUCCUGGCAAGGGCGACAUCACAUCAAGCUAGCGUUGUAUGCACCACAGGCAGGGAUAGGGAAGACGAAGAGAACGGAGAAUAACACAUACACCAUCCAGCCAAGGAUGAAAUACUAUCUUAGUUGUAGACGCCACUCAGAUUAAGGAAAAACUAUCAGCUGACAUAAUUUUUGUGUUGGUAUAAUUUCUAAAGCAGGAGGACAAUACAUCCGAUGUCAGAGAUCUACUCCCGCCACAAUCGUUCGUACCCUCCAAAAAAAGUCUGAACCAUUCCGGAAAAAAAUAAAAAUGACUGGUGGCCCAGCACCAGAUUCAGAACACGAUGAACAACAUUCCCUUGAGCAGUCCCAGCCUCCGUCCCUCCUGUCGGCGCCAUCAGACCCACGACCACCUGCGGCCACAACUAGUACUUCUCACCAAAGCCACCUGCCAGCCGAAGCCGCGCAACCGGCCGCGCUGGCCAGAGCGCCGCAGGAACCGGUACUUGCAACAAGAGUUCCUCUUGUAAAAAGGGGAGAUGUUGAAGAAGAAGAACAGGCGGGACGAAGUAGAACGACGAGAGAUGAGGAAAGUAAAAAUCAAUCUGCUCGAAGAUCUGUGAGUGGGAAGGACGACGAAGAUCCACCUAGUACCAUCCCCGACAAGAAGAUGAAAAAGGACAAGGGAAGUAGUUCUGCUAUCGUAGUUUCGACAGGUGAAGGACGAUUCCGUGUAGUCGAAAACUUCGAUCAGGUGAUUAUUGUGAGGAAUAAUCCCCCCUCCCCAUAUCGAAAGCGAAAUUUGUGUUGCUGUAUUUGAGUACACAAAUCGCAUUUGUCUUGCUGGAGAGGACUGCAGACCCAUAUCAAGCCCGAGUUGAGAGGCUUUGACUUAGGCGCUUAGCAUGAAAAGCGUCCGCGAUGUUGGCUCAACAGCAUGACAAACCGCCUCCAUAAUGGGACGGGAGCUGCUGCCCUUGUCUUCUUGCAACACAAACGUGAUUCGUGACCUCAAAUCAGCAUCACAAAUUUUCGAGAACCUACCUCUUCAAUAUGGGGAGGGGGGAUUUUUCCUUGCGAUAUACCUUCAGUGGAGGUCAGCAUCGCGGUCUCCACCUCGUCGGCUCCAACACGAGGAUUGUACGCAAAAAGGCGGCAGCACAGGAAAAACCAUCAAUUCGACGAAAAUACAUGCAGAAGUAGAAGUACUAUCAAAAGACGAGGUUGAGGUUGAGCCUCCAGGUCUUCCUGCCGCUGGUCCACCUUGUCGUACGACGUACCGCUGCCCGGAUGAAAAUUUUGUUUUGAAUAAAAGCGACUACAGUGGCAUUCUGGAUGUGCGCGAAUAUAUUAAUUCCGUGGAUCAUGAUGAUGUGAAAACAACAACAAUAAAUGCCAAUUGCAACAAGAACGAGGAGGUUGAUGCAGUUCCACUUCUAUCCCCGACCGAACUCCUUUCCACCACGCACCUGUUCUGGUUGGGCUACGAGAUGGAGGAUGAAAUAGUAGAGAUGAGUAACUACGAGUUCUUGUUGGCAAGAACAAGAAUAGAAGAAGUCGAGGAAAUCCGAGACCAGAUCUUUUCCCAUAUGAGAGUGCACAACUCCCCCUCGUCGUCUCCCUCAUUUGUGAUGCAAAAACCCAAAUCCACAUCCUGCCUGUAAGCACCGUGUGCAUGACAAAUUUUGGAACCACAAACAGCACAACAGUCGGUGUGUAGAUUUGUCAUGCGCAGGCUUCAUUUGAGUUGGGGUCUGUAUUGCUGCUCAUACCAUACAAAUGAGGGGGAGGGGGAGUUGUGCAAUCUCAUAUACCAACCGCUUCCCCUCGAAAAUAAGUCCACUGAAGACAGCGGAACAUCAACAACAAGCCAAGUUCGAAGAGUAGAGCCGGGUGUGUUCACGCGUCGCAUCCCUUUGUCCGAAUUUGUCGCUCCCUCCGCCCUAUCAACUGUAAAAAUGUCUGAGUCUGGAAGAAUGCCAGACUUGUCAUGCAGAUUUUACAUGACCCCUGAGGUCUGGUAUGUAGGACAGAGCAUGACAAAUUCUGUGAGAGUUCUAUCAUGCCUAUCCUGCAUGAGAAACUGCCUCUCGACUAGGUCAAAAGUGGACAGGUUUUGGUAAUCAUGCAACACAGAUUUUUCCAUGAUUCAGUAAAGCAUGACAAGUUGCAUUCUUCCAGACCCAGACAUUUUUACACUUGAUACGCCCGGUUCGCAGAGCUGCCACCGCGAGAGAAGAAACUGUUCUUGGUGUGCGAGAACCGGAGCAAGCUGGACAAAAUUGCGGAGUUGUUCGUAUUCGGAGGGGGGAAAACAGCAAAUCAGGGAAAAAAAUCAUCAGAGGAGAAGAAGAAAAACAAAAACAUUAAGGAGGCAACGACCAACAUGGCGCCAGGACGUGAGGAACAAAGCGAAAGUGGUGCCGCAGAAGUGCGUGCUAAUCAAAACAAGGCCCGCUGCACCAGCUCCACGACCUGCGACACAAAUAAUUCCUGCACUCCACCGAAAACAUUUCACGCCUUCGGUAACGCGCCAAUUGAGGUUCUCUUCGUGGAUGAGUACUUGGAAAAGCAGUGUGGCGGAGGCUUUUAUCAUCAUCUCGCUGCUCCUGCACCUCGUCCGGGAAGAAAAUCUAUCGAAUUGUGGCAGAGACUGCAAAAGGCGACAUGGGAUGGAUACGCAAAGAAAACCCCCGGUCGUAAGGGUGUUUUCUCAUCAUCUUCUGGUCCUGUACCAGAGAAGACACAAUAUCCUCCUCCGCAGGAAUACCAUGAUUAUUCGGUGGAGAAUAAAGUGAAAGAUUCACUAACUUGCGGAGGAAAUAGAAAAAUCGAUGAGGAGGUAGUGGAUUGUACUAGUGCAGCUGAUGCAGAAGUUGUCCUGGAAGCAGGACGAGGUUCUAGCACCACCACCACAACCGAUCUUGCGUCGAACAUCAAAGUCCGCAAAUUAGACAGGAACGAUGGCGCGGCGGGCGGAACGGGAACAAGUACUAGAAACGACCUCGUCCUCGCAGGAGCUCCUCCUAUUGUAGAAAUAGUUGACAACAAAAACAAUACAGAUGGGACUUUUGUGUUUUCAGUUCCUCCCCCCACGACGACCUCCGACUCGACGAAUCCCAAAAAUUCGACGACCAGCAGUAGUGGUUUUUCUACUACUGAAACGACCCUUUUCAACAUCAAAAAACAGAAGUUCUGGAAAAGCAAUUGUACCAACAUAAAAAUUCCGACGGUUCUGUGGCAACCAAACCCGGUUUUUCCGGAGUAUUGGAAGCUGAUGCUUGAGAAGGAUUUCUUUUCAGCAAUUCCAACACGACCAACAUGUAACAUAAUUUUCGGAAACGGCACCGAGAAAGAACGGCAAGAUGAACUCGGCUACAACUUCCUCUUGGAGGAAACCCCCGAGGUGGACCCCCCGGAGCGGACCUUAUCAAAUGCAAAAAUGUCUGGGUCUGGAAGAAUGCAAGACUUGUCAUGCAUACUUCUCAUGACCCAUGAUGCCUGUAAUGCUUGACCUAGCAUCGCAGACUUUUAGAGGGCUUCUUGAUGCACCUUCCGCAUGAGAAACGCCCUGUCCGUGUAGCCCUUCUGCCAACUUGCUGGUCAUGCAAUACAAACUUUUUUACAGUUCAAAAACAGCAUGACAAGUUGCAAUUUUCCAGACCCAGACAUUUUUACAAUCCAUAGACCUUCCUCGCCAUCGAUCUCGGGUGCGGUAGCGGGCGGGACUGCGUCUGUAUCAAAUGUAAAAAUGUCCUCUGGGUCUGGAAACUUGUGAUGCUGGGUGGCGUAUCAUGAAGAGGCCACAUGUGCUGGCUCAGCAUGACAAGUUUCUGAGCUCCUAGGUGUUGCCUAUUCUGCAUGACAAACUGCGCUUCUGCAUCACAGAAAAACGGAGCUCUUGGGUAACGUGCAUGACAGAUCUAAGAGUCAUGCCAGACAAGCAUGACAAACAGGAAUUCUUCCAGACCCAGACAUUUUUACACUUGAUAGUCAGGCUGGCGAGGCAGUUCGAACAAAUGCAGCUUUAUUCGCAGCUCGUCUCUGAUUUUUCAAAACUGCCUGCUAGUAGCACUUCUUCUUCGACUACACAGAUGAAGAUGAAAAACGCAGUACACAUAAUCGGGAUCGACUCCGUGCCGAAAACGGUGAAGCGGGCCUGUGAGUUUGCGAAGGUCCAUGGGUACUAUGCGCGUGGUCACAGUCUCAGUCGGGACGACGAUGAAGAUCAUGCGCAGGAGCAAAUAGAACUACAAUCGAGGCAGCGGAAAGAACUACUCCGAAAUAUUAAAGCACCGUCGAAAGCUCCUGGUCAGCACCUUUGUUCACCGCGCCCGCAUGUGCACAUCGAGUUCCUGCUGGGAAACAUUGUGGACCUUCUCGUAGCUUGUCGUGAUAGUGAUCAAAGUACUUGUUCAUCUAAAAAGGAGGACAAAAAUAAAGAAGGCAAUCCUCAUCUCGCUUCGACGUUCCUGAACAAAGGCUACUUCCACCGCGCGGACCUGGUGGUAGUGUCCCGAACCCAGAUUGUUCUCCCGCGGGAGAAGCGGAUCCGGUUGGUGAAAAACCUGCUGAAAAACGAUGGAACGGGGGUGGUUGUGUACCACCACUUUGUGCAGCCGUGCAGCCACCCCAAGGAGGGGGUACUGGAAAAAACGGAGCUGGCGGAGGAUUUUUCGGGCAAAAACGGCUUCGAGAUUUUGGUAAACCGGGAGAUUACCUUGCCCGAGGACGGAAGAAAGUUGAGCUGCUUCAUCGCGCGGAAGGAAAGUGUCAAGUCUACUUCUUUGUGGUCGUCGUCUUUUGGAUUUGCCGGUUUUGCUUAAUAUCAAAAUGAGUUUUUUUGCUCACAACAACUGCUGUUGCUGUGCUCCUGUGUUGAGCUGAGCUGCCAGGAUGCGUGGUUGAAAUUGUACUCGAUGAAAUUAUAGAUGUCGCAUUUUAUUACCAUGCAUGUAUUUUGAUUGAAUAUCCUCGAACGACACUUACCAAAGAGCGGCAAACUGUGAAACGGCGACAAUUGAACUUGAUGAACUCUUGGAAACUAUUAUACUUGUAAAAGCUAUCUCCAAUGAAAAUGAUGAAGAAACCGAACGUGGUGACAACGAACGACAAGUGUGCGC